AUGUCUAACCUCGCUCAUCAUCCUGGCCUGGGCCUCACUCGUGGCCAUUUUGAUAUCUCGCAGGUCCACAGUGCUGUGAACCCCAACCCUCUGGUCGGUUAUGCACAUGGGCCUAUCCCAAACAACAACAUUGGCUGGAAACCUCAGGCGUGGCACGACGCGAUUGCUGCAGGACUGCGCAAGUACGACAUCAAGGCUGGUGAUAUUGCGAACGCGGACAACCCACCCCCCAAUCCACUUGUCCUCCUGAACAAAGAGAACAGCCUGGUUUGCGAUAUUUUGGUUGAUGGCAGCCAGACCAUGUGUGGUCUCACCUUCGAGAAGCAGCCUGCCUUUCGCCGGCACCUACGCAAUGAGCAUUCUGGAGCCACUUUUAUCCCUGACCGCCGCGCAAAGACUGCUCUGGAGAUGCUCGCUGGGCAGAAUGCUUUGAAGAAGUGGGUGUUGACUGGGGGCUGGCGCGAUGCCAUGUACCUCAAUGAGCCAGGCCGUGGUCCUGAGACGGGCCCGAUCGGUCACUGGUGCGAUGCCCUGGAGCGUAUCGCUCGAGAGGAUGCCGACUUCCGGCGCCAGUUUGGUAGCCGUUUCCAUCGUUUCCAGCAGCCUACUACCCCAACCUCUGGCAACCGCAGCCGUCGUCGUGGACGUGAUCCCCCUCCCAAUCCUGUGCCUUUCCCUAGCCUGACUGCUGCUUCGGAGCCUGCUGGCACCCCCAAUGCUAGCGAUCAUGGUGAUGAUGAGGAGGAGCAGGAGGAGGAGGAAACUGAUGCAGGUGUUCUUACCGAGAACACUCCUGGAGAUGAGGAGGAGGGACUUGAGUCGAUGAACUCCUAG